AUGAGCGGCAGAGAUCGUCCUCGUCCACCUCCGCCGAGCGAUGCACGGCGUGGGGGCGACAUGCGUAGCGGCGCGAGCGAUGGCUCUAUGUCCAGAGCCGAGAAGUUUGAGGACGAGAAGAAACGCAUUAUGCAGAGUUGCUACUCGAAAAAAGAUGCCGAUGGAACUUUGGUUGAAUCAUAUAUCACGCAUGUCCGCAUCGUCGAGGAUUCCGCCCAUCCAUCCGCCCCUGCCCCGCCGGAUUCAGCACCCCAGAAUAAGAAACCUCGUGUCAUCAUCAUUUCGGUUCGAAGAUCUGGCCGGGUACGAAUGCACAAAGCCCGUGAAAACAACGACGGGUCGUUCUCCAUUGGCAAAACUUGGAUGCUUGACGAUCUAUCCGCAAUCCAGUCCUACAACGCCUUUGUUCCGAAAUCACCAAUUGAGCAACAGCAUAAGGAAUGGGCAGGAAGUGUUGGGUUUGUCGUCACAGUGGGAAAGCCGUAUUACUGGCAUGCCCGGACGGUCAAGGAGAAGGAGUUCUUCAUUGGCAGUCUAGUGAAGAUCUUCAAGAAAUACACUGGUGGCAAGAUUCCAGAACUCGUUGGAUUUGAUGAGAGGGAACGGCAAUUGCUUGCCGCGUCUGGAUCCGCUGCACCUGUAGCGCCGCCAGGACGAGGCGUCGGUCUUGGUCCUCCACCGGAACCCUCAGCGUCUGCGCAGUCGACUUACAGCAGCCGCGAACCUAGCCGGGAUGCAUCACGAGAAAUCAGACGAAAGGCUUCUGAGGACCCGACACUUCGAAGCCAGAAGAGUCGUGAACAGUUGUCCCGCCCGUCUACGGCAUCCAAGCCCGCUCCACCUUCAUUCGGCACGCCUCCUAAUGCGACCCCUACUGUUCCUCUGCGGCCGGACCCCAGGAGCAAAGAACCUUCUAAUACUUUCCUCCACACCUCAGAUGAAAGUGCUAAUCUCACAGCCCAAGUCCCCGAACCAAGCUCAUUGGGUCCUAAGCGCAGUACUGAUGGACUACGGCCUACCACCUCCGGUUCAAUGACGAGUGAGAAUCGUGGUAUUCCUUCGAGCCCUGGAAGCAGCAUCGGACCAAAGUCACCAUAUCGUGAAGGUGUCGAGAAGGCAGCUCCCUUGGACCAGACACCGCGUCCUUCUCAGGACAAGACUGCUUCGGACGCUCUUUCUCCCUUGGCAACGACAAAUACUGCCAUCCCGAUUCCCCCACGAGAAGCAGAUGCGCCUUCAUCGCCGAUUGCGGUGGAACCCGAAGUGGCAGCUGCCGUUGUGGCAGCCGAAGAGCCACCGAAACCAGCCGUGGAAGAAUCGAAAACACAAGCACCAGCCAUUCCUCCGGAGCCAACAGAGGAAGAGUAUGAUGCACAUCGACCUGGACUCGGCCCGAUGAUCAAGAAAAAGACGUCCGCCAAGGAUGUUGCAGGUGCUUUUCGAAAGGCGGCCAAUGCUUAUGGCGCAUUCAAGCCGCGGCCUGGUGGAGCCGGAGAGAGACUCCUUGCAGCGGCAAAGAAACAGCAGGCAGAAGAAGCUGGAUCGGAUGGAAUUACCGGCGUCUUUCCUGCUCCGUCUCUCACACGAUCUAGCAACGAGCCUCCGAAGAGUCCCGUGGAUGAACUACUCUCUAAAGACCUCUCCCAAGAGCCCCCCGCGGCUGCGCCGCCUCCCGCAGAACCUGGCACUCCAACGGUCGAAAUUACUCAACCCGCAGUCGAAGAGACCCCAUUAUCUCCGGUUCUUCCCAAAGAAGAAUCCAAAGAUUCUUUGACAGACAUCGUCAAGAUAAAGGAUCGUUCAAGAACGCCUUCUCCGGCAGCCCAGGCCCGUAACAGAAGACGCCGCGAAGACCAUACUAUUAAAUACUGCCAAGCCCUUGGAAUCGAUCCCGGUGUCCUUGAUGGACGCGGCAUUGAAUUUGAUGAUAUCCUCACUGACCUGGGAUGGAAUGGACGAUUGAGCGAUGAGCAGAAGAUUGAGGACCUGGAAGCCGAUAUUCGUCGUGAGAUCGGCCGCGUUGAGGCGACUAGCUGGCUCGGCAAUCUCGAACAACAGGAGGGGAAGGUGGAGCAACUGGCCGUGCUCAUUGACAAGACGAUGGAAGAGUGCGAAGAACUAGAAGGCCUGCUAACACUGUACUCCCACGAAUUGAACACCCUUAACGAAGAUGUGGCAUACAUCGAAACGCAAUCUCAAGGUUUGCAAGUGCAAACUGCAAACCAGAAACUCCUUCAGACUGAGCUUCAGAAUCUCCUGAAGACGUUGUCAAUCUCCAGCAAUGAGAUGCGUCCUCUUAAGGAAGCUUCUCUGAGCAACCCCAAUGCUCUAAGAGAUACCGAGGCUGCCCUGUCGACGCUAUAUAAGGCUAUGCUUAUGAUCGAUGCUGAUAUCGGGCAGAAUAAGAAGCGCCAGGCCGAUGCUAGUGUGGGAGUUUAUGCCAACACCGAAUUCGGCCAAAUGCGUGCCAUCAAGGAAAAGAAAGAGGAGUACCGCUCUGCUGCCCUGGUAUUCUUGCAAAGGGUUAAGCAACACAUGGGACUGGCUUUCAAGAUGGCAGAACAGAAGCGCGCUGAUGCGAUGGCAUCGGCGCCUAGAGAUCCAAUGAAGCUGGACAGCUCCGCAAGACAACAAUUCCGUGGGGAAGUCUGGAUGUACAACCCCCUAAUACUAUUUGCCCGGGAGGUCAGCAUGUCCGAAUGGCACAGCCUCGUCAACCUCUACGAACAACAGUCCAAGCCAUCUUACCAGAACGAGUUCCGGGAUAAUAGCACGGCUUGGAAGAAGACCGCCAAGAAGCCUACUGGAGAUGAGCAGGAACUCCUUUUUACACAUCAGGAGAAGGAGAAAGAGGGCGAAGGCAUUACCAUGGCGGCCCGCAAACUCACCGUUCGACGCGGCAAGACCAUUCGCGCUGCAGCUGGCCUCCGGUUGGCUUCCAGUGAAAAGAAGCAAGGCAAGGUUGAGCCUUACGAGGCUUUCGCCGGAAACCUGCGUGAGACGUUGAGCAUGGUUAGUGAAGAGCAAAACUUCGUGGUGGAAUUCUUCCACCUCAACUCUCUUGCCACUGCCGACUUCUCAGACUUGGUGGCCGCUGCCACUCCCGAUGUCCGCCAGUGCCCAAGCUUUUCCACACAACAAUCCCAUGACCCCGACCGACAAAUGGCGAAGAGAGUUGAGCAGAUCAUGGAUGAAGUCUUUUCUUUCUGGCCAAAUGAUCUGCAGAGCAGCGUGGACUGGGCGCUGCAGGCCGAUCCCAUGCAAGGAAUCGGCAUUCUGUUCGCUUUGGAGUCCGCCAUGACCGAACUUGACGAUACUAACCAAGAGUUCAUCAUCCACACCCUACAGAAGGUCCACUCUCGCCUUAUGGGGCUGUUCAAUCGAUUCGUCGACGAACAGAUCCGGGGCAUUGAAGACACCAAAGUCAAGAUUAACAAGAGAAAGGGGGUUAUCUCCUUUAUGCGGGUAUUCCCCCACUUCUCUACGGCCGUCGAGAACAUGCUGUCGCAACCCUCUAGCGAGUUUUGCGACAUUCGUAUCGGUGUGAACGAGGCAUACGACCGUAUUAACCGGGCCAUGUGGGAGUCGCUCAAGUUCAUCGCCAAGGAAGCGCCCGGCCAACCCCCGGGUGUGACUGCCAGUGCGGGCGACCCCGAAGACAAGGAGGUGCUGAACUACCACAUUUUGUUGAUCGAGAAUAUGAAUCACUAUACCGAGGAGGUGGACGUACAUAACCUCCCGGUGCUCCAGCGGUGGAUGGACCGAGCACACCAGGACUUCAAUGAACACAUGAAGCUUUAUCUCGAUGCAGUGAUCCAUCGACCCUUGGGCAAGCUGCUGGAUUUUGUCCAGUCCAUCGAAACCCUGCAGGCAAACGGCAAUGCAGCCGACAUUGAAACGCGCGCCAGCCACUCACGCAUGGUCGCAAAGAAGGUUCUCUCUUCGUAUGACUCAAAGGAGGUCAAGCGCGGCGUCGAGAUGCUCAAGAAGCGUGUCGAGAAGCACUUCGGUGACGCCGAUGACCCUGGACUCAGCCGCAGCCUGGUGAUCAAGGUCAUCCGGGAGUGCGAGAUCCGGUAUGAACAGGCCUAUGACCGCACCCGGCGCAUCAUCGACACCGUGUACGACGGGCAAUUGGAUCUGGAAUGGCGCAAGGAAGACGCCCUGGCAAUGUUCCGGAAAUGA